GCGCAAUGACUUUCCGCUGCCUUGCGUCCAGACGCUCGUGAAGCCGCAGUGCUGCUCAACGGCUAACCGGAGACGCUUCGCUGAAACAUGCUCCCGUUAUCCAUCAAAGAUGACGAGUACAAGCCUGCCAAAUUCAACUUGUUCGUCAAGUUAUCGGGCUGGUUCAGAUCAAUUCUUGCCGAUAAAACCUCUCGCAAUCUGUUUUUCUUCCUGUGUUUGAACCUGUCCUUCGCGUUCGUGGAGCUGAGCUACGGCAUAUGGAGUAACAGUUUAGGUUUGAUAUCCGAUUCCUUUCACAUGUUCUUUGACUGCACGGCUCUCCUGGCAGGCCUUGCAGCAUCAGUCAUCUCACGGUGGAGGUCCAACGACUCCUUCUCAUACGGGUAUGUCAGAGCAGAAGUUCUCGCGGGCUUCGUGAACGGCCUUUUCCUCAUCUUUACCGCCUUCUUUAUCUUCUCAGAAGGAGUAGAGAGGGCGCUGGAACCCCCUGAUGUGCACCAUGACCGCUUGCUCCCGGUGUCUAUAGCAGGGCUGUUGGUGAAUCUUGUAGGGAUAUUCGUUUUUCAGCAUGGGGGACAUGGACAUUCACACGAUGGUGGAGGUCAUGGCCACAGUCAUUCUCUGUUCAAUGGGAAUGUGGGACAUGGACACAGUCAUGGAGACCACGGCCACAGUCAUGAGUCCAAACAUGGACAUGAUCAUGGGCAUUCACAUGGAGGACAUGGCCAUUCGCAUGACGACCCCCACUGCCACGAUGACCAAUCACACACACCGGGGAAAGGCGCCAGCAAGCAGAUAUUACAAGGAGUUUUUCUUCACAUUGUUGCGGACACAUUGGGCAGUGUCGGAGUCAUCAUAUCAGCCAUCCUAAUGCAGAAAUACGACCUGAUGAUCGCAGACCCUAUCUGCUCCAUGCUCAUCGCUCUUCUCAUAGGAGUGAGUGUGGUUCCUCUGCUCAGGGAGUCCAUUGGGAUCUUGAUGCAACGGACGCCUCAUUCUCUGGACCAAGCCCUUCCUGAAUGCUACCAAAGGGUCCAGCAGCUUCAGGGGGUCUAUAACCUUCAAGAACCUCACUUCUGGACCCUUUGCACAGACGUCUACAUCGGUACACUCAAACUCCUUGUGGCGCCCGAUGCAGAUUCUAGAUGGCUCCUCAGCCAAACGCACAACAUUUUCACACAGGUUGGCGUCAGACAACUGUAUGUUCAGAUUGAGGUGGCUGCCAUGUAGGAGUCUGCCAAAUUCCUCCUGAUCUUUGGGAGUCCCUGGACCAAAGACCUUCUGUGCUGCUGUGGGGAAGUUCUCCACCUCAACCCAUCUCUUUGGGUUUCUGUCGCUCCACCUCCAUCUUGGAUCAAGAUGGAGCUGGUGCAGUCCAGCAGUCUGACUCCACUCUUGCCAGAAAACGACAUCUGACCAGCAACAUCAAUCUGAUGUUUUGGAGGGAAGAAAGAACUUGCAACAUUUUUGCACCCUCUUGGUCAUUUGAAGUUUGUUUUUGAAGUUCCCCAUUGCUUUUUACUAUUAUGAUCCCACCAAACUGUUUCUAUUCCUCAUAAUUGUCGCCAUUUUCCAUGAUCAGAAUGGGGUUUUAAUUAUUGGUGGUAUGAAUGUGGAGUUCAGUGGACAUUUGUAAAAAAACAAAAAAAAAACAAAAUAGCAGUAUGUGAUUCAUUGACUCUUUUUGUACAUCGCCUGCUUUGUGUUUCAGUUGCACAGUUGUAAAGAGAUGCAGAAUUUGUUUGCUGAUGCCAUUAUGUAAAGAUAAACAGAUUUGCCUGCAUUUCUUAAGUGCCUUUCUAAAAACGAUCAUGGACAAUCGCUUGGACCGGAUUUGAUGGUCAACAUGAAUGCGAUGAAAACUGGAUCUUUAUGAAUUUGAGUUGUCUACAAUUAAAAUAUUCCUUUGCAUUUGGC